CCUUAGCCGCAAACGUUGGUCAACGACAAGGGCAAGUACCCCACGCUGACGCGCAUGUCGUACUGCCAGUGCCGCCUGCCGCGCGUCUUCACCAGCGUGUUCGAGCGCUUCGGCUGGACGCACGUCGCUCUGCUGUUGGACAAGUCGGAUCUGUUCUCGCUUACCGUUGGUAAAAGCCUAGAGUGGGGUCUGCGGAAGGAAGGCAUUCUCAAAGCAGUUCGUGAGCUGGACGGCAAUGAAAGCGAGUCCUGCGAAGCGCUGCUUAAGGAUGUCAGCAUGUAUGCCAGAGUGGUAAUACUAAGCGUCCGUGGAUCUUUGGUGCGGGAGUUCCUCCUCGCAGCACACUCGCUCGGCAUGACUCGUGGAGACUGGGCGUUUCUGGAUGUUGAGAUAUUCCAGGGUGGUUACUGGGGUGAGACGGGAUGGGCAGCCGGGGACGACCGGGACGCGGCUGCGAGAGCCGCUUACGAGGCUUUACUGAGGGUCUCGCUCAAGCUGCCGACCGGGGAUCGCUUUGACGAAUUUGCGGAUACUGUAAGGAUGCGCGCCAAGCAGCAAUAUAACUACACGUUCUCGGACGGAGAAGAGGUGAACUUCUUCAUCGGCGCAUUCUACGAUGGUGUAUAUUUAUUGGGCAUGGCGCUAAACGAGACCUUGACCGAAGGAGGCGACAUUAGGAACGGACGAAACAUCACUAGCCGCAUGUGGGGACGAGAUUUUCACGGCAUCACCGGCCAUGUGCGUAUUGAUUCGGUCGGCGAUCGCGAUGCUGACUACGCCAUCUUUGAUUUGGAUCCUGUCACAGGAAAAUUUGAGGUUGUGGCUUUCUACCACGGCCUGAACAGCAGCUAUAAAGCUGUCCCGGGGAAGGCGAUCCACUGGCCGGGGGGCAAGCGCGGUCCACCCCCGGAUAAGCCGCGUUGUGGUUUCCUUGGAACGGACCCCAUGUGUCAAGGAGGUACAGAGGCGCAGGCCGUUUUGAUAUAUUGCUUUAUUGGGCUGGCUGUUUUCCUCACUUUGGCGGUGACUGCCGGAUGCGUUGCCUACAAGCAAGUGCGUAUAGAGGCUGAGCUGAACAAUACGGCGUGGCGGGUGCGACCCGAAGAAGUGCUGGUGGAGGUGGGCACCGGCCUCGGUGCCAGCCCUGCGCUGCACAGCAUCAACGAAGUACUCAAAGUGAGUAUACAACACGGCCUGUCUCUAGGUUGGAGCGCUCGCAGCUCUGGUUCUCUGGGCACGCCGGUGACCCUGACCCCCUUCACAGUCGGCCUGUACAAGGGCAACCGCGUCGCUGUCAAGAAGAUACACAGGAAGAAAUUGGAUUUCAACAAAAAGCUGUUAUGGGAGAUAAAGCAGGCACGCAACGUGUCCCACGAGAACACCGCUCGGUUUAUCGGAGCUUGCGUGGACUGUCCCCUCAUGUUCAUCCUGACGGAGUAUUGCCCCAAGGGUUCGCUGAAGGACGUGCUAGCCAACGAGGAGUUGCAGCUGGACUGGAACUUUAGAACUUCGCUGGUCCAUGAUAUUGUGCAGGGCAUGUGCUAUUUACAUAGCGGGUUAGGAGCGCAUGGGAAGCUGCGUUCCUCGAACUGCCUCAUCGAUGGACGCUUUGUGUUGAAGAUAUCCGACUACGGACUGAACACCCUCUGCACGCCCACUGACUUGAUUAAGGACGACGCCUACUAUUUCAAACUCCUAUGGACUGCUCCUGAGUUGGUAGCAGGCAGCGUCUACCCUGGUGUGGUGUCGUCCCUUAAAGGCGAUGUCUAUAGUUUUGGCAUCAUUCUUGAGGAGAUUGUAUUACGUGCUGGACCGUUUCAUCAUUAUACUCCUGCUAUGACGAAUAAAGAAAUAGUGACUCGUGUAUGUGCGCGCGAAUCUCCACCAUUUCGCCCAGUUGUGGGACUCGGAGAAGUGGGCACAGCGGGCGGCGCGGCGGCUGAACUGCUGGAGCUGGCGGCGCGGUGCUGGGCUGAUGCAGCUGACGACAGACCCUCGUUUGACACCAUCAACGCUAACUAUAUUAAGUAUAUUUGCAGAGGGUAUUGCGAUAAUUUGAUGGACGACUUGCUGCGGCGCAUGGAGCAGUAUGCAAACAACCUUGAGUCACUCGUCGAAGAGAAGACGGAGCAGUUGUCUUUAGAGAAAAAGCGAUCAGAGGAAUUGCUGUAUCAGGUCUUGCCAAGGCCAGUGGCUGAACAACUAAUGGCAGGCGAAGUGGUUCAGCCGGAAAGCUUCGAGUGUGUGACGGUGUACUUCAGUGACAUCGUGGGCUUCACCGAGCUAUGCGCUGCCUCCACUCCCAUGCAAGUGGUCGACCUUCUCAACGACUUGUAUAGUACUUUCGACAGGAUUAUCGGAUUUUAUGACGUUUACAAGGUGGAGACAAUUGGAGAUGCAUACAUGGUGGUAUCGGGGUUACCAGAACGUAACGGCGAUUUGCAUGCCAGGGAGAUUUGCCUGAUGGCGCUAGCUGUGGUGGAGGCUGUACGUACUUUUGUGGUCAGGCAUCGUCCGACUCAUCGGCUCGAGGUGCGUGUGGGCGUCCACUCUGGGCCUGUGUGCGCGGGAGUUGUCGGAGUGAAGAUGCCACACUACUGUCUGUUCGGAGACACUGUGAACACAGCCAGCAGGAUGGAGUCUACUGGACACCCUCUGAGAAUUCAUCUAAGCGAGAAUACGCGAGCUCUUUUGGAUCAAUGGGGGACUUUCGUGGUGGAGAGGCGGGGAGAAGUGGAACUAAAAGGUCGUGGCCGCAUGCUGACGCAUUGGCUGCUCCAUUGUUCGGAGCCCGAAGCACUUCCUAUGGCUCAGAGUCCGCAACCAGCUCCGCAAUAUCCGAUACUCUUCCCGGCUAUACCACAGUCCACUAUGACAAUACACACGCCGUAUUUAGUUGUGGAACCGCCCAUUUUGGCUGCGUAAAAUAUCACUAUCUAUUGUAUAAACACGUCACAAUUAGAUAAUUUAUAUAUAUAAAUACUGGCUGAACAGAAUAACUGUAUCCAUAUAUCGCCUUUAGACUACUACUCGUAUUUUGUUUAUUUUAAACGCAAUUUCAUCAUACUAUCAUCGAUCAUGUGUUUAUGCCAAAUACCGAUAGUAAAUUAAAGUCAAAGUCAUUAAACGAAAAUGCAAAACUUUUAGAAACAUUUUAGAAACUAUUAAACGAAAUUAUGAUUGAAAUACGAAAAUAAGAGAAAUAUGUUCCAAACGAUAUCUAACAAAAAAAUUAAAUAAAGUAAAAUCACAGGAUAAACUUAUUCUAGAUCCUAAAGAAACUGGCUUUUUAUCUUCCAAGAAUAUUACAACAUCAAGCUUUUUAUAGAUUGCAUUAAGUUACAUAGCUCAUUUACUUGUUGUAGCGCCUUAAGGCAGCGUUAAUUAAAAAUCUAACGACACGCUUUGAAAUAAGAUAGUUAGAAACAACGAUAAAAUCUGCAUUUUGCAGCCUGCGAGCAGGAAUGCUAUCAAUUAAUCACUAGAAAGCAACGUUUAGUAUUCCGGCUUCGGUUGUAAAGAUGGAAAGGUUUGUUGGGUAAAUAUAUCGUUGUUUGAUU